CUUUUUUUGUCUUGGCUCUAAACAUUUAUCCGUGUAGGAUUAGACCAAAAAUGCUGUGCUCUGGAGAUGGAGAAAACCUGUAAAAUGCUCUUGUACACAGGAUUAGACAUCCAGAUAUGAUGUGUUUGGCGAGGGCUAUGUAUUUGCUGUGUGUUUUAGCUCCUGGGGGUUUUCUGCUGCUCAUGCAACCUGGAGCUGCUUCAGUCCCAGAGGGGAGUGCAGAGCUUAUUCUCAGUGAGGAAGUAUAUGUUGGUGUGUGUCCAGAAGGAAAGUACUUCAACCAGCAGCUUUGUUUGGAUUGUCCUUCUGGUCACUUCUGCCCUGGAAAUGUAUCUGCACCUAAUCGAUGUCCAGCAGGAACAUUCAACCUCUACACAGGGAAAAUCAGCAUCGACGACUGCAAGCCUUGUAUUCCAGGCCUGAUCAGUUCAGAGGACAGAGUGGAUUGCCGGCUGUGUCCUGCAGGCUUUUCAUGUGACGUCACCAAUGGAACACUUUAUUUAUGCCCAGCAGGACAACAUUCACCCGAAGGGGUCCUACAGUGUCUGACCUGCCCUUUUGAUUCUGUUUGCAAGUUUGGGCUUCCUUAUAAGUGUGCACCUGGAAAGGAGCCCGACGUGGAUCACACUGAAUGUAUUGACUGUUUCCCGGGUUUUUACUCCACUGUUUGUACGGCUCUGUGUCUACAGUGUCCCGCAGGAAAUUACUGUCCAGACAGUGGGAUGUCGCAGCCGCUCCCCUGUCCUGCUGGUUGGACCUCCACACCUGGACAGACUUCCUGCCGUAGGUGUAAUGAUACAUCCUUGCUGUGUGGGGGCGCUGUGGCUCCCCGCUGGAGCCAGUCUGUGCACAGAUCUGGUCAAGCCAACACCUGUAGACCGGGAACCUACAAACCUGUAAAGGAAGAUGGAGAUUGUAUUGCCUGUCCAAAAGGUCAUUAUUGUGUGGGAGGUGUGGCUUUACCCUGUCCUGCAGGGAGUUAUGGUCCUAAAGAAGGUCUGCAGAGACUGAAAGACUGUGCAAUCUGCCCUGGCGGGUUUUACUGUCUGGAAGGGAGCUCACAGAGACCCACCUCCCAGUUCAUGUGCCCACAGGGCUAUUACUGUGAAGAGGGCACCGCCACCCCUCAUGGGUCACCUUGUCCUGCUGGUACAUCAGGGGAACAACUGGGUCAGACAAGUAGGGCAGCCUGUAAAAGAUGCAAAGAGGGACGCUUCUGUCCCGCAGGGUCUUCAGGUCCAGGUUUGCCUUGUGCUAGAGGAAGGUUCUGUCCAGCUGGCACAGUGGAGGAAGUGACUUGUCCAUCAGGCACCUUCACCCCUCACCAAGGAGCUAUAAGUGUGAAGGAUUGUCUUAAAUGUCCACCUGGUUUCUACUGUCCAAAGGGGACCAGCGACCCGAUGCCCUGUCCAGCAGGGUCCUUCAACCCCUUAGAGGGGCAGGAUGAGGUGGCUGAUUGCAGAGAAUGCUACCCGGGGAAGGCCUGCACACAGAUAGCGCUAAAGGCUCCAGAUGUAGACUGCAUGCCUGGGUUCGUGUGUCCUCCUGGCUCAUCAAAACCCAACGCACCAGCCAACGCCUGCCCUCCGGGAGCGUUUAGCAAUCGCAUCAACCUUACUGACCGCUCACAGUGUCAGCUGUGCCCAGCACAAUACGCCUGUCUGAGAGGAACAGGUGGUAUUCAAAGGCCGCCACUUCUUUGUUUCGCUGGACAUUAUUGUCCCCCUGGAACGAUGUUUCCGACGCAGUACAAGUGUCCAGUGGGGACAUGGAGCAGUCAAAGCGGACUGGAGGCUGAAGCAGAGUGCCAGCCGUGCCCUCGAGGUUGGUACUGCCUGGCUGGGUCUGCAGCGCCAUCAGGCCGAUGCAACUCUGGACACUACUGUCCUGAAGGGACGGCAUAUGGCACCCAGCACCCUUGCCUUGCAGGCACCUACAGCAUCCAAAUGGGCAACAGAUACAGGGAGGACUGCUUGAUUUGUCCCGAAGGGUCAUUCUGUCAGCUGGGCACCUCCAAACCCUCACCUUGCCCUCCCUCCUCAUUUCGCCGCCUGAAAGGAGGUCGAAGGCUGGAGGACUGCUCCCCUUGCCCUGCUGGCUAUUUUUGUCCCUACUCGGCCACUAUCAACCCGAGAGUCUGCGGAGCUGGCAGCUACUCUGAUGAGGGCUAUGUGGAGUGCUCUCCGUGCCUACAGGGGCAUUACUGCAGUAACGAGACCACCAGCGAGGAGGCCAUGCUGAGUGUCAUGGUGUGCCCACCUGGUUUCCUCUGCUCUCAGGGUUUGGCCAGAGACCCACAGAGAUCAGCCACACUGUGCCCUCGAGGUUUUUACUGUCCCGGAGGAGGCAUUGACCCAAACCCCAUUCCAUGCCCCAACGGGACAUACAGUUCGUCUCCUGGUCUGCGUGACGUGUCUCAGUGUGUCCAGUGUCCCGAGGGGAAGUAUUGUUACACCCAGCAGCCUCAGGAGCAGCCUAUCACCAGGCCUACAGAGCCAUGUCCUGAUGGGCACUAUUGCCCCCCAGGGACCGGCCACCCCUACACGUACCCCUGUCAGGUUGGCAAGUUCAGGAACAACACGCAUGGUCACACUGGAGAAGUCUGCAUUUCAUGUCCAUCCAGGCAUUUCUGCAGCCAACUGGGAAUGGAUCUGCCUUUACUCUGCCCUCAGGGGUCUUACUGUCCAGACGGCACCUCCACUCCUAAGCCUUGUCCCGAGGGAACCUACAGCUCGCACUCUGCUCUCAGUGAGCUCUCACAGUGUGCCCCUUGUGGCGGUGGACAGUAUUGCAGCGGUGUCGGACUGACAAAGCCUUCUGGAAGCUGCAAAGAACGUUUCUACUGCAGAGUGGGAGCUAAAUCUGCAACUCCAGCCGAUGGACCAACAGGAGGUUUAUGUCCCCCUGGAGGCUACUGUCCUCUGGCUUCAACCUCUCCCAUCCCCUGUCCGUCUGGCACUUUCAGCAACAGCUCUGGCCUCAGCAGCCCUGAGGAGUGUGUUAGCUGUCCGCCUGGUUUUUAUUGUUUAGGCUCCAACAAUACCUCACCGUCAGGACUUUGUUUUCCUGGUUUCUACUGUACUGGGGGAUCUUCAUCACCAAUUCAGAAUGAAGUAGAAGAAGGCUUUUAUUCCUUGGUAGGAGCAGCCAGGCCGGAGCCAUGUCCUAUAGGCACUUUUCAGCCGCGUCGAGGUGCAGGUUCAUGUGUGGCAUGUCAGGGAGGCAGGCUGUGCAAUCGAACAGGCUUGUCCCAGCCACCAGUCUGUCCCACAGGACACUACUGUCCUCCUGGGUCCUCUACUGCACGGCCCUGUCCUUCGGGCACUUACUCUGACCAGCUAAGUGGUGAGGAUGUGAAGCAUUGUCGACCAUGUGAAGCAGGUUCAUUCUGCAGCAGAGCCGGCCUCUCCAAACCUCAGGGUCUCUGUGACCCGGGUCACUACUGCACUUCUGGAGCCACCACAAGCUCCCCUGCAGCUGUUGCUACCGGUGACGUGUGUCCUGCAGGAUACUUCUGUCUGCGGGGGACAAAGUUCCCACAGCAGCAUCCCUGUCCUGUAGGGACCUGGAGUAUCUCAGCGGGAGGCCAGAACCUGUCCUCCUGUUGGGCCUGCCCACCCGGAGUCUACUGCAACAACACUGGACUCAGUCAGCCGUCAGGAUUAUGCGACACAGGUUAUUACUGUUCAGGAGGAGCAAAGUUUUCAAAGCCAUCUGAUGGUUUAACGGGGGACAUUUGUCCAGCUGGACACUAUUGUCCCCUAGGGUCAGCUUUUCCAAUCCCUUGCCCUGAUGGGACUUACUCAAACAGUACAGGGUCAGAAAUGUGUGAUGAGUGUCCAUCGGGGACGUACUGUCUGUCUGGAGAGGGCGUCCAGCCAUGUCCAGUGGGUCACUACUGUCUUGGUGGGGGGGUGGAAGGCAUCUUGCCUUGCCCGCCUGGCACAUACAGCCCUCGGUUUGGUCUUCGUCGGGUAGAGCAGUGCCUCGUUUGUCCAGCAGGUUUCUUUUGUGACGACUGGGGUCUGUUUGAACCUACUGGACUCUGUCAGUCUGGGUACUACUGCAUAGCAGGUGUGAACUUUGAGAAUCCCGAUGGGAACUUCAGCACGGGAAUCGGAGGAGCAUGUCCGCAGGGAAGCUAUUGUCCUGAGGGCACCAGUCUUCCUCUGCCCUGUCCACCUGGCACUUACUCUGACAGACUUUAUCUGACAGAAGCCUCUGGCUGCAGUCCAUGUCCAGCAGGUCAAUACUGUGGCACCACAGGACUCACUCAUCCAUCUGGUCUGUGUCAGGCAGGAACCUAUUGUCCAGGUGGAGACACAGCAAGCACAGGCUCUGAAGGAGGACUUUGUCCAUCAAGUCAUUAUUGCCCUGAGGGGAGCUUCAGCCCAGUGGCCUGCCCAGCUGGAACCUACAGCAACCUCACAGGUCAGGCGGCGUGUUCGCGCUGCCCGGCAGGAUAUUACUGCCCGGAAAAGACCGACAACUUCUCCAAGUUCCCCUGUCCCCCUGGGUUCUACUGUCCUGAUGGAACUAAGCAUGCCACCCAGUUUCCUUGUCCUCGUGGAUACUACAACCCAGAGCCCAUGACUCAGAGUCUGGACAGCUGCCUGCCUUGUCCUCCAGGACACUACUGUGAGAAGGAGCGGCUGACCAAAGUGUCUGGAAAAUGCAAGGCUGGUUGGUUCUGUGUGUCCGCAGCGUGGAACUCGCAGCCCUUUGACCUUGAUAAUUACACAAAUGCCAACUGCCUGUGCCCAGCUACAUCCACAGGGGGGCGCUGUCAAGUUGGCUUUUACUGUCCUCUGGGCAGCUCUGAGCCUGUACCCUGUCCUCCGGGAACCUUCUGCAAUAAAUCAGGUUUAGCUUUGCCAGUGGGGCCGUGCUCUCCCGGGUAUUACUGUGUUCAAGGAGCCACUGAGAGCAGACCAACCGAUGGGAUAACAGGCAACAUCUGCCCUCCUGGGACGUACUGCGCGGAAGGAUCAGGACAGCCAGAGUUGUGUCCACCUGGAAGCUUCUCCUCUGUGUCUGGUCUGACUAAUGAGGCUAGCUGUCAGCCAUGUACGGCCGGAUUCUACUGUGGAGAAGCGGGACUUAGGACUCCUACUGGACCUUGCAGCCAAGGAUAUUGGUGUCCUCCUGGUCAGAGUGUUGCAACAGCUCUGCCGUGUCCUUCUGGCCAUUUCUGCUUAGAGGGGAGUUUAGCUCCAGAGCCCUGUCCAUCAAGAACGUACCAGGACAGAGACAAACAGGGAUCAUGCAUGAUCUGUGACGCUGGGUACUACUGUGACUUGAGACUGGGUCCUGUCAAUGCCUCCUCUCCCAGGCCCUGCCCUAAAGGGCAUUACUGCCCUGCAGGUACAGCCCUGGCCAACCAAUACCCCUGCCCCAUUGGCUCCUUCAACCCAAGUGAGCGAACAAGCAGCCCAGCAGGGUGCGUCCCCUGUCCUGCUGGACACUACUGUCCUUCCGUUGGACUGUCGGAGCCGACAGGACCUUGUCAUGCUGGAUAUUUCUGCAAGCUUGGGGCAUCUUCUCCUUCCCCCCAGGAUGGAUUCUCAGGCUCCUUGUGCCCACCUGGUCACUUUUGCCCCUCAGGCGCCGGAGCCCCCAAAGCCUGCCCUGUGGGAAGUUUGUCAAACAGCUCAGGCUUGCAUAGACCGGAUGAUUGUAAAGCGUGUUUGGGGGGAUUUUACUGUGACUCUGCUGGCCUCACUAAGCCCAGCGGGUUCUGCAGUAAAGGAUAUUACUGCAUAGAGGGUGCUGUCACAUCAACCCCCAGUGAUGGGAUUUCAGGAGGACCCUGUCCUGAGGGUCACUACUGCCCCGAGGGAACUGUUGAACCUUUGCCCUGCAAUCCAGGGACUUAUGUGGCUGUAACACAUGCGAUUCAGUGUGAGCUUUGUCUCCCAGGCUGGUUUUGUGUGUCUGGCUCUCUGUACCUCUGUCCUGAAGGAUUUUAUUGUCCUGAAGGGACGGGAUUUGCCCUGAGAAGCUGUCCAGAAGGAACCUACGGUCCAGAUCCUGGCUAUUGGUCUGUCUCCCAGUGCAGACAAUGCGACGGAGGCCAUUACUGUUCUUCCAGAAAUGCCACAGCUGUCACUGGACCGUGCCAGGAAGGAUAUUACUGUUCACAUGGAAACGUCUCUCCACAGCCUCUUUCACAGGCUGCAGAAGGAGGACCUUGUCCUGUUGGACACUACUGUCCUCAGGCCACCAUCCAUCCUCAGCCCUGUCCACCUGGAACAUUCUCCAUCAUCACCAAAGUGGCCUCCGAGGAAGAUUGUCAGCCAUGUUUUCCAGGUCACUACUGUGACUCAGCGGGGCUCUCGGCACCUUCGGGAAAAUGCUGGGAAGGCUUCUUCUGUGUGGAGGGUGCAGAUCGUCCUGACCCUCCUCUUAAGGACGACCGUGGAGGUCCAUGCCCAAAAGGUUAUUACUGUUCAGAGGGUUCUGCAGCUCCUCAGCGCUGCCCCCCGGGAGCCAUCAGCACAGAAGACGGCCAAGCCAGCUGCAGUGUCUGUCCCCAGGGAUUUUAUUGCCCUGGCAAAAGUAACACUUCUGUGCUGGGGAGUUUUGAGUGUCCGCCGGGUCAUUACUGCCCGACCGGAACCCGGUCCAAAUACCAGUUCCCGUGUCCAGCUGGAAGUUUCAAUCCUCGCACUCGGAUGACAAAACCCCUGGACUGCCUGCCAUGCCCUCCAGGCUCAUUCUGUGCGACUCCCGGGAAAGACGUCGCAUCCGGCCUGUGUGAUGCAGGUUACUACUGUGUCUCUGGUGCUCGGUCGCCCACACCAGAGGAUGGAGGGGUGACGGGUGAUAGAUGUCCUGAAGGACAUUACUGCACUCAGGGCUCCUCGGCUCCGCUUCCCUGUCCUUCAGGGCGUUACAGCAACAAGAGCAGAAACAGUCAUAUCUCCGACUGCCUACCUUGUCCUCCAGGUUUUCUGUGUGUCAGCAGAGGGCUCUCUUUCCCUCCCCAUGUCUGUCCAGCAGGCUUUUACUGUCCAGGCACAGAAAACGGCAACCUACAGAACUCUAUGACCUGCUCACCAGGAAGCAAGUGCCCACCUGGAUCUGAUAGACAGGUGCCCUGCUUGCCUGGGACAUAUCAGAAUUUGCCGGGUCAGGCAGUCUGCAUUGAAUGUCCUGCAGGAUUUUUCUGUCCUGGCUUGGUCAGCGCAGAUGUUGACCAGGUGACUGGAACUUCCACUCCUGUGCCUUGUCCAAAAGGACAUUACUGCCCACCUGGAACCCAGACUGGUGUGGCGUUCCCAUGCCCAGCUGGCACUUUCAGCAGCCAGAUGGGAUUGUCCAAUAAGUCUGAUUGUGAGCCCUGCCCCCCUGGGAGAUAUUGCAGUUCUUCAGGCCUGGCUACUCCCUCAGGGUUCUGCUCUCCUGGUUACCUCUGUGUCCAAGGUUCUCUUUCGGCCCAGCCAGAGGAGGGUCCAACAGGACGGCGGUGCUCUGCAGGGUCCUACUGUCCACAGAGCACAAGCUACAUGGUUCCUUGCCCCGCAGGCACCUUUAGCUCCAUAGAUGGUGCAGUGUCUAUAGAAGUAUGUCAGCCAUGUUUGCCAGGCCACUACUGCGCUAAGCCUGGAGCAUCUUCCCCGUCUGGACUGUGCAAUCCUGGUUUCUACUGCAGAGAGGGAUCGCAAGCUGCAUCACCUUUGAGAAAUAUAACUGGUGAAGUGAAAUCUUCAGCCAGAUUGGAUGGCGAUUCAGUCCAUGGGGAUGUGUGUCCCGCGGGACACUACUGUCCAAAAGGCAGCGCAAAACCAAGCCCUUGUCCUCCAGGUACUUUCUUGGGGAGGACUGCAGCUCACUCCGAGGACGAUUGUGAAGCUUGCCAGCGAGGGUUCUACUGCCCUUCAUGGGCUCAGACGUCCGCAGACCUCAUCUGUCCCCCAGGAUGGUUCUGUCCAACCGGAUCGCCGUCUGGACAUCAGCCAGAACACCAGUGCCCACCUGGCUAUGCUUGUCCAGCCGGUAGUGCAGAGCCAGAGAUCUGCAGUCCAGGCUCGUUUCAGGCUUUGUCUGGACAGUCAGUUUGUGAUACCUGUCCACCUGGUUUCUACUGCCUGGAAGGCUCUUCUGUUCCUUCUCCAUGUCCGGUGGGUUAUGUCAGUCGAUUAGCUGACAGGAUGUCCCUGAGCCACUGCUCUCCUUGCCCCUCUGGCUACUUUUGUAACAGCGAUGCUCUGACAGAACCGUCUGGACCCUGCAGCCCAGGACAUUUUUGUUCCCAGGGUUCCACCGAGCCUUCACCUGUCUCCCAGCCGUACGGGGAUGUUUGUCCUUUGGGACACUUCUGUCCUCAGGGAAGUGGGUCACCCAAACCUUGUCCUGUUGGCAGUUUUCUUCCAGAACCUGGAGCUUUAUCCUUCUCUCAAUGCCGCCCUUGCCCUCCAGGGAAAUACUGCUUCAUUCCCGGAGCCUCACAGCCCUCAGGUUUAUGCCACGCCGGUUUCUUCUGUGCUGAAGGUGCUGAUAACCCCACACCGCGAGCAAACUCUUCCAUGUCAAAAUGUCUUGUGGAAAUCCUGGACUCUUACUCGAUGGAAAUAGACUUGGUCUUGUGGAUGUACAACCUGUCCUGCUCCAACUUUUCUUCUAAAUCUGCUGCAGGGAGAAACGCUACCUGGAUCAAAGUAGCCGCGAUGCCUCUGGCAGAUUCUGAUCACAAUGUGAAUCACUCAGCAGAACAUCUCAAGAGUCCACAUUAUGCAUGUUCCACCUACCGAGGAGAUAUAUGUCCUAAGGGUUUCUAUUGUCCUUUGGGAUCCGCUUAUCCUAAGCUCUGUGAUGUCGGAUUUUACUGUAACCAGACGGGUCUAACAGCACCAGCAGGGCCGUGCCUGGGUGGCUAUUACUGUCCCUGGGGGUCCUCAGACGCUUACGUCAACCCGUGCCCCUCUGGACACUACUGCCCAGUUGGAACUCCUCUUCCCAAGCCAUGCCCCCUAGGAACCAUUAAAAGUUUCCUUGGUGGGUCCACAGUGGAGACAUGUCAGCCGUGUCCUCCGGGUCACUACUGCGAUCAAAGAGGCGGGACUGAGCCAAGCGGCCACUGUGUGGAGGGCUACUAUUGUCCUGAAGGACAGACCUCUCAGAGACCACAACUCCAUGUCUGCUCACUUGGACAUUAUUGUGAGAAGGGCAGUGCGAGACAGACACCCUGCAUUCCUGGCAGCUACCAGCACAGACGGGGCCGAGGGACCUGUGAAACAUGCCCUCCUGGCUUCUAUUGUCAAGAUCAGGGAAUGAGUCACCCGCUUCCCUGUGAAAGAGGACAUUACUGCCCCUCUGCCUCAGCAAGUCAACGUCCCUGUCCAUCAGGGACCUACGGAAACUUGUCAGGACUUGCAGAGCAGUCCCAGUGCACACCAUGCGACCCCGGCAUGUACUGCAAAGGAGCAGGAAGGACUUUCCCCAAUGGGCUUUGUGCUGAGGGGUACGUUUGUGUCGGCGGCGCCUUUGAGCAUUCGCCAUCAGACAGUCUGACAGGAUUCCCAUGUCCUCCUGGGUAUUACUGCCCCAUGGGGACUUCUGCACCAAAACCAUGCCCUAAAGGAACAUACAGUGAGCAGAGUGGGCUUGGAGACAUUUCUCAAUGUCUGAGCUGCAGUCCUGGUUUUUACUGUUCAGAACCUGGUCUCUCUUCAGUCUCCGGUCCCUGCCUCCCAGGUUUCUACUGUCUAGAGGGCUCUCAGUCUGCUUCUCCAGGAUCGGGUGACUUUGCAGGUGUUUGUCCAGCAGGCCACUACUGUCUAGAAGGCACCAGUGUUCCCUUACCCUGCCCCGCUGGUUUCUACCAGAAUAGUCCUGGAAGCAAAGGCAAAGAUGACUGUAAACCCUGUCCACCUGGGUGGUUCCAGGAUUUGCCGGGGCAGACAGAGUGUAUUCCCUGCCCUGCGGGAUUCCACUGCCAGCCUCUGAGUCCUGGUCCCACCAGAGGGACUUCUCUUGGAGUUUCCAGUCCUCUGCCCUGCCCAGCUGGACACAUCUGUCCCAGAGACAGCCUGGACAAUCAGCCUGUUCCGUGCCCUAAAGGAACAUACAGCUCCAGGCAGGGUCUUAUCUCUACAGGUCAGUGCUUAAUGUGUCCGGCAGGCCAUUUCUGCGGAUCCGAAGGUUUGGUGGAGCCCUCAGGAUCGUGUGCGGCAGGUUUUCUGUGUCUGACGGGUGCAAAAGUGCCAAAUCCAAGCGACAACAUGACAGGAUCGCUCUGUCCGCCGGGGAUAUUCUGCAUACAGGGGCUUAGAGCAGGUGAUUGCCAGGCGGGGUUUUAUUGUGACUGGGGGUCCACCAAAGCAGACCAGGCUGUGUGUCCAGCCGGUUUCUUUUGCCCCAGUGGAACAGCAGUCCCCUUAGCCUGCCCUGCAGGAACGUUCAGCUCCGAAACGAGCAACACUCACCAAGACAACUGCACCACCUGUACACCUGGUUACUACUGUCAUGAUGAAGGUUCUCUCCAGCCUGUACUUUGUCCUGUUGGACAUUACUGUUCUGCGGGGCAGAUUUUAGGGCAUGCAUUCCCUUGCCCACCUGGCACAGUACAGAGGAGGCUUGGAGCGUCCAGUCCUGAUGCUUGCAGUCCCUGUCCUGCGGGAAUGUUCUGCUCUCAGUUUGGUCUGUCACAGCCCUCAGGUCUGUGUCAGGAGGGAUAUUUCUGCCCUGCAGGAUCAACCAGCCCAAACUCCACCGAAAGUCAGAGUAAUUCAACCAACCACCAUCUUUGUCCAUCUGGCCACUACUGUCCAUCUGGCAGUGGUCAUCCUCUGCCUUGCCCUGUUGGCUCUCUUGCCAUUUCUCAUGGACUAAAAGCGGCAGAAGAAUGUCCGCCCUGCCCUCCUGGAUUAUAUUGUGACAGUCCUGCAAUGUCUGACCUCUCCGACGCUUUGCCAUGUCGCGCUGGAUAUGUUUGUUUGAGUGGAAGCUCCAGCCCCUCUCCUUCCGACGGCUCCCAUGGCUACCCCUGCCCUGCUGGCUACAGCUGUCCUGUUGGCUCAGCGAGUGAAGUGCCCUGUGAAGCUGGCACUUACAGUCCUGCUCCCGGAGCAGCUCGCUGCUUGGCCUGCCUGAGAGGAACCAUGUGUCCCUCUUCAGCUACUCGAGAGCCCUCUACCUGCCCAGCCGGCCAUUUUUGUCCUGCUGGGACAGUGGUGCCUCAGGCAUGCCCUGUAGGAACUUUCAAUAACCAAACAGGAGCUCAUUCUCUCUCUGCCUGCUCGUUGUGUCCUUCUGGGGUCUACUGUAGCUUACGUGGAGCUUCUGCUCCGCAAGCUCCAUGUUUGCAGGGCUACUUUUGCCAAGGUGGAGCUACAGUGCCAACACCCGAGAGCUCCGAAACCUUCCUGAGGAAUGGCCUCUGUCCGGUGGGACACUACUGUCCAGCAGGGUCUCUUACUCCACUCCCAUGCCCCGCUGGGAGUAUCCGCAACGCAACUGGAGGCGUUUCCAUGGAAAGCUGCUUCGCCUGUCCUGCUGGCUACUACUGCUCCUCCGAGGGCCUCGCUAGCCCCAGUGGUCCAUGCUCUGCUGGUUUUUAUUGUCCAUUUGACUUCUCCUCAACUACUCCAUAUGCCUUCCUCUGUCCCAAGGGCCACUUCUGUCCUGAGGGAUCAGCGUUGGCCUUGCCUUGUCCUACCGGAGAGUACCAACCGAACCCGGGCUCUGAGAACUGCGUCCCGUGCCGACCUGGAUUCUUCUGUGAGGAGGCCGUGGUGGGAGACCCGUGGCCCUGCCCCCCACACUCGUUUUGCCCUGCAGGGACAAUGGUGCCGCAGCCCUGUCCUAACGGGACGUACACCCAUUCCAACCAGACUGGGCUACAGGAAGAGGAGGAGUGUUUGCCUUGCCCUCCAGGGAGGUUCUGCAGGGCUGGUAAGAUCCAGGGUGUUUGCUCUGCAGGAUAUUUGUGCAUUUCUGGGAGUGCAGAGUUCACCCCUCAGGGGUCAGUGUCUAACAUGACCCACUGCCAGUGGGGUGUGCAGUGUGCUGGCCCAUGCCCAUCAGGCUUUUAUUGCCCUGAAGGUGCAGCACAGGCGCAGCCGUGUCCUGCAAACACAGUCAGGAGCUUCGCAGGAGCAGUGAGUCUGAAGGACUGCUUACCUUGCCCUCCGCAGUAUUGGUGCAAACCUGGAGAUCCAGUCGUUCACCUGUGUCCACCUGGUCAUUACUGUGACGGUCUGCCCGGCAGUGACUUCAGCGGUGGUACCGGACCCCGGCCGUGCCCCGUAUUUACUUAUCGAACUUCCCCAGGAGCGGGCAGCAAGGGUGACUGCCUGCCCUGUCCUCCUGGUUCACACUGCAACACCACAGGACUUACAGAGUACACCAGUAGUCCCUGCCCGCCUGGCUUCUGGUGCAGUGGGACCGGACCCCCCAUCCUCUGCCCAGCAGGGACCAAGAGGCCGCUUCCUGGAGCCGCUGCACCCAAACAGUGUGAACUGUGUGCAGGGGGAACCUUCUGCCCAGACCCUCGCGUGACAGGAAAGCCCAACGUGGAAGGAAUCCCCUGCAGGGCCUCAUAUCAAUGUCCCGUUGGUGCAGUUUCAGAGAAGUUAUGCAGAGCUGGCUCGUUCUGUGGACCUCAGACUGCUGAGCCUCAAGUGUGUCCAAAGGGUUAUAUUUGUCCCGAGGGAUCGUAUUCGUACGACACCCCUAAACAACUAUGUCCGUUUCCCUACUACUGCCCUGCCAACAGCUCUGCCAUGAAAUCCUGUUCUGGAGGAUCCAUGCCUGUCAGCACGAGCGCUCUCAGAGGGUCACACAGCAGCAGCUGUAGCUUAUGUGAAGGCGGCACUUAUCGUCCGUAUCGUUCUCCGAGUCUGCAGUGCCUCCCAUGUCCACCGGGAUAUUACUGCCCUCAAGGCACAGAAGAUUACAAAGCUCAUCCCUGCCCUCAUGGACAUGUAUGUGGGCAGGGCUACGCCCAGCCGAUGUCCUGUCCACCAGGCACGUUUGGUAACCGUACCCGUGCAGAGAAACUGGACGACUGUCACCCUUGUCCAGUCAACACUUUUAACCACCUGCCUGCCCAGAAGGCUUGCUUUCCUUGUGGCAGCUCCUCCUUCUCAACACCUGGUUCCGUCUCGUGUACCUGCAUCGGGAAGAACCGGGCUUUCCAGUAUUCUGAUGGAUCGUGUCUGUGCAGAACCGGUUUCAUCUACUACAACGAGCUGGACUUUAAAAGCUCUACAUCUGACAGUGAAUUAGACUGCCAGCCUGAGGUGAGCAGACGGUGCAGCACAGGAGAAAUUCGAAUAGCAGCAUCCAGAGAGUGUGUCUCACCCUCCCUCCACUCCUGUAAUAUCACCUGUGGAUCGCAUGGAGGAAUCCUGGAUGUGGAGAUGGGCAUCUGUCGGUGUGAGCGAUAUGUGUCCGCCGAGGAGAUUUGCAAUGCUUCCUGCCUCUUCAGGCUGCCUCAGCUGUCUGCCGAGCUCACGCAGGAUGGCGACUUGCAGCUCAGCCUUAGGGAAAGAAACAGCAGGGUCUGGGCGAGGAAAAUAGAAAAUGUUUUGGGUCCUGACAUCCACGCACAGACAUCUGGAAGAGUUCACUUAGUGCAGUUUACCUCUGAAGGACUCUUUGGCUGGAUUCCCCUCCAAAGAGAUCUUGUCAAACUUUUCCUUUCAGAACCAAUUGAUAUUCUAAAUACAAGAUCUAGAAAGAGGAGAGACGCUGAAGAUGACGAGAAUAAGGCUGAUGCCCUUCCUCGGAUCCCGAAUCCUAUCGCCUGCCUUUACUUGGGUGACAUGCUGGUUUUUCAUCUUACCAUCAACCACACUGAUCGCCCUCUAAGCCACUUCCCAGUGUACCAGAAGGACCACCUGUUUAACAGUAACCCAAGCUGGGACUUUGGAGCCUUCAGACAUCUGCAGAUCCUCAUGAAGCAAACAAAAUUCAACUCUUCAAUGUUUGCCCAUGUUUUCUCAGAAGCAGGAAAGUAUGUGUUUGUGGACAGUGUUGUCCCCGAGUGGAGUAUUGUAGUGGUGGUCAGUGGGGAGGGGACAGAAUGUGACACCAGGGCUGCCGCGUUUCAACCCAUGACUCCAGGACACUUGGUCAAAUAUGGCAUUGUAAAAAAUCACCGCCUCAACCUUCUGCCUGACUGGGGACUCAUUGUUGGGAUGCUGAGUCUGCUGUUGGUCCUAGUUGUAGUCCUGACCACAACUGUGCUGGUUCUGCGACCCAGCAAAGCGAAACUCGUUCCCCACUGGAAGUUAAGACCAAAGUGGCGCAGCCUCGGAGAGCCUUUUUGCCCAGCUGAGUGUGUUUGCAGUAGAGAAAGCACAACUGUCCAGAGUCAAGGCGGCGUUCUCGCCAGUCGAGGUGUAGGCGAGGGAGCAGAAGCUGAGGAACCUGCAGUCAUAAAGGGAGGAAGUGUGUCAGGCUGCCUGGAUCUGGAGGAGUUUAAUGUGAAGACUCUUUACGACAAACUAGAGGACCAGAACCUCCACAUCGCCGCCCAGCUGGCCAGACAUCGCAAAGACAUGCAGGAAUUUUAUAGGAAUAUAUGCCAGCAGGCUGAAUCACUGAAGGAUGUGUUUGAAAAUAUGGAUAGUAAAAACCUGAGUCUCCUUAAAGAGAUUCUAGUCCACAAUGUGAGGAAGGAAGUGUUGUCACACACUCAUCUGGGCGAGGGAGACAAUCAAGCAGACAUUUCCACCGGCCAAGCUGAGGCCGCCGUGUCUUUGCUGGGAGCUGUUCUCAGAUCAGUCGAAGCUCUUUUAUGCAAGCUGACAGGAGAAGCUUGGCAGAAGCAGGAUCUGCGUGGUCUUCCAUAUUGCCAUGGUUCAAGAGACUCUGAGGCUCAGGUUGGAUACAUGCAGCCUGGUAACACCAAUAUGUGUUUUACACAGUGCUCAUCAACGUCUAUGAAUAAAGGAGAAGCUAUUUCUCACGAGACAGACUGUGCACAGACAGGUGCUCCUUGUUUCAGUGAAGACGAUCUAUCCAGAUUGGUCACCGUAUCUCCUUUGUUCAAAACUCUGCAGGAGAUUCAGCAGUCUUUACUGCAGCUUACCACAGAUGAGUCACGUCAGCAUUCCCAUACAGCAGAGACGGGGCCUUCGGUCCAAGAGAACCACAACGAGCGUCUGAUUCCCACUGCGCUGGACAGCCUGUCUCCACAGCACUCGGCUGUUUACCUAUUUGGUUGCCACGUGGUGCAGUGGCUCGCAGAUUCCCCCAUGUUCCCCUCCGUGCUUCUUUUACUGGCAAAGUCGGUUCCCUUUUACUCAUCUUCCUCUAAUGAGAAUCCCCUGGCUCUUUUCACUGGGGACUUCUAUUUUGAUCCGACCAAUCAAAUCCUUUAUCUGUCAGAGGCAAAGCUUCAGCAUGUGGGACAUUUUAUUGCUGUCAUCCUGCUGUCCAUGGCCCACAUAGCAGUAGGAUCCAAACCCCAGAGGUUUCUGCAAGCUCUGCAUGAAGCCAUUUCAGCUGUAAGCCUUCAGCUGUUCAACCUUUCUUUUAAAUGGAGCCCAGCAGAGCCUAAUUUUGAUGCAUUAGGUGGGCGGCAUGGGGCAUUAGUGGAGCAAUUUCUCAAUAUCAGAGUUCCCUCUGAAGCGCGCUUCACUGAGUCCCUGUUAGCUAGAAGACUUGAGAAAUAUAAGUAUUUUAAACUGGAGGAUCUUAUCUGCAACCUCAAACAAAGAUCAACUCCAAAUGCAGGCUUACCACCAAGUGGAACACCAGUGCAGAUGUCAUGCGUAGAGGAAGAAAUUGACCGCAUGAGUGAAUCUUUCCUGCAGCUAAGCAUGCAGAUGCAGAGGAGAUCUCAAAUAAGCACAAUGUUAAAGGAGAGGGAGAACGGUGCUGCAGAAAAGGCGAGGGAAACAUCAACAAGCACGCCAAGCCUGAGUCGUAACGGAACGAUCCUGUUGGAGCUGAAGAGAUGUUACGUAUCACAGCGGCUCGACGAGCUGCACACCACGUUAAACCAAAUGAGACGUUGCCAGCUGCGUGGCGGCGAGCCGAGAGACGGAACGAGAGGCCGCGAGGAAAGCGAUGAUGGCUCCGUUCGGCACGGAGAAAAGGAGCAUGAUCCUGCCACGGAGCGCCGCAGUCCUCUAGACCGCCAGCGGAGCGCCGCUCUUUCAGCUGGUCAGAAACUCAGCCCACGCAGCCCGGAGAGAGCAGAGGUCUUUUAAAUGAUAAAGCGGAGAGUUACAUUUCCGACCAGCAGAGAAGCGGCUCUGUUCAGACCAACAAUCCUGACAUCUUAAUGGAUCAAACUUUCCGGCGCACCAAAGAUCAACUCCAUUAAAAAAAAAAAAAAUCCCCCA